AUGCCUUGGAGAACAUUGAGGUUCAACGAAUCGGUUUGUAACCCAUAUAAUGCUGAUUUUGAUGGUGAUGAGAUGAACAUGCACGUGCCACAAACAGAGGAGGCUCGCACAGAGGCUAUUACAUUGAUGGGGGUACAAAACAAUUUAUGCACCCCAAAAAAUGGAGAAAUGUUAGUAGCAUCAACACAGGAUUUUUUGACAACUUCCUAUUUGAUAACGAGAAAGGACACAUUUUAUGACCGUGCAGCCUUUUCACUUAUAUGUUCUUACAUGGGAGACGCCAUGGAUUCCAUAGAUUUGCCCACACCCACAAUCCUUAAGCCAAUAGAGCUAUGGACAGGUAAACAGGUUUUUAAUGUUUUGCUGCGUCCAAAUGCAAGUGUGAGAGUCUACGUAACUCUUAAUGUGAAAGAGAAGAACUUCAAGAAGAGCGAACAUUAUGAUGAAACAAUGUGCACAAAUGAUGGAUGGGUCUAUUUUCGAAAUAGUGAGCUAAUAACAGGACAACUGGGGAAGGCUACGUUAGGAAAUGGAAGCAAGGAUGGACUAUAUUCAAUUCUUCUUCGAGAUUACAACUCCCAUGCUGCUGCAGUCUGCAUGAAUCGUCUAGCAAAAUUGAGUGCUAGGUGGAUUGGAAUUCAUGGCUUCUCCAUUGGGAUUGAUGACGUUCAACCUGGAGAAAAGUUGAAAAAGGAAAGAAAAGAAAUAGUCGAUAAAGGAUAUAAAGCCUGCGAUGACUUAAUUAAGAUAUAUGAAAAAGGAAGUCUAAAUGCGGCAAAAACAUUGGAAAACGAGUUAACAAGUGCUCUUAAUAAAAUUCGAGAAGAGACUGGGAAGCUUUGUAUGGAAGGAUUACAUUGGAGAAACAGUCCCUUGAUCAUGUCACAAUGUGGUUCCAAGGGAUCCCCAAUCAAUAUCAGUCAGAUGGUUACAUGUGUUGGUCAGCAGACAGUUAAUGGUAGCCGUGCUCCUGAUGGAUUUAUUGAUCGAAGUCUUCCUCAUUUCCCUAGAAUGUCCAGAGCACCUGAAGCUAAAGGUUUUGUUGCUCAUUCUUUCUACGACGGCCUUAGUGCCACAGAGUUUUUCUUUCACACUAUGGGAGGACGAGAAGGUCUAGUUGAUACAGCGGUGAAAACUGCUAGUACAGGUUACAUGUCUCGUAGACUCAUGAAAGCCUUGGAGGAUCUCUUAGUCCACUAUGAUCACACGGUGCGAAACGCCAGCGGAUGCAUACUUCAGUUUACUUAUGGGGAUGAUGGGAUGGACCCAGCACUAAUGGAAGGAAAAGAUGGAACGCCUUUAAAUUUCGAUAGAUUAUUUCUGAAAGUUCAGGCCACUUGUCCUCCUAGAUCACAUCACACUUAUCUUUCUACAGAAGAAUUGCCGCAAAGGUUCGAAGAGGAAUUGGUCAGGCAAGAUACAAGCCGGGUUUGCACUGACGCCUUUGUGAAAUCUCUUCGAGGGUUUGUUUGUAAGCUCGGAGUAAAGUCUGCAAGCCCCAGCCAGAUUUUCUCUAAAGGAUCUGGUGUGACCGAUAAGCAACUCGAGGUUUUUGUAAAAAUUUGUGUAUCUCGAUACCGAGGGAAAACAAUUGAACCUGGGACUGCAAUUGGACCAAUAGGAGCUCAGAGUAUCGGAGAACCAGGGACACAAAUGACUCUGAAGACUUUUCACUUUGCUGGAGUUGCUAGCAUGAAUAUCACCCAGGGAGUUCCUCGAAUCAACGAAAUCAUAAAUGCUACCAAAACUAUAAGCACACCUGUCAUCUCUGCAGAACUUGAGAACCCCCUGGUAGAGGCUAGUGCACGAAUGGCCAAAGGGCGCAUCGAAAAAACUACUUUAGGACAGGUUGCUGAGAGUAUCGAGGUGCUAAUGACAUCAACAUCAGCGUCAGUGAGAAUAACUCUCGACAAGAAGAUAAUCGAGGAGGCGUUUUUGUCUAUAUCCCCCUGGUCGGUUAAAAAUGCCAUACUAAAGACCAGAAUCAAACUGCAGGAUGAGAAUAUCAGGGUCUUAGAUUCAGGAUUAGAUAUUAUCCCAAAGGGAGAUUCAGACACGACUCAUUUCACUCUCCACAACCUGAAGAAUGUGCUGCCAAAUGUUAUAGUGAAUGGGAUCAAAACAGUUGAGCGUGUUGUUAUAGCACAGGAUGAUAAAAAUAAAGAGGUAGAUGGGAAGAAAAGGUUGAAAAUGUUUGUGGAAGGAACAAACCUUCUGGCUGUAAUGGGGACUCCGGGAGUCGAUGGGAGAACUACUACAAGCAACAAUAUUGUCGAAGUGAGCAAAACACUGGGGAUUGAGGCUGCAAGGACAACAAUUAUUGAUGAAAUAGGGUCAGUUAUGGGAAACCAUGGAAUGAGUAUAGACAUUCGUCACAUGAUGCUUUUGGCUGAUGUCAUGACUUACCGGGGGGAGGUGCUUGGUAUACAAAGAACCGGGAUACAGAAGAUGGACAAGAGUGUGCUGAUGCAGGCAUCUUUUGAGAGGACUGGAGAUCAUUUAUUUAGUGCAGCAAUUAGCGGGAAAGUUGAUAACAUAGAGGGAGUCACAGAGUGUGUGAUUAUGGGCAUACCAAUGAAACUCGGAACCGGAAUACUCAAAGUCCUCCAAAAGACUAGAACUGAAGAUCUGCCCAAGCUGAACUAUGGUGCUGAUCCAAUCAUCUCUUGAAAAGACAGUUCACGCUUUCAGAACAUAGUAGAUUUCUUCUGCUCUGUUCUGUUCUUUUCAUUGCUUAGACACUAAAUAUCUGAGGCAUUUUCUUUUGAAUCUUUUGAAAGUCACAAAACAGUAACAGUUUACCAACCAAAAAAAAAAGACAAAAGAUAUAACAUUUUGAAGGUAACAACAAUCUUAUUCUAUUUUGAGUUAUUAGUCAUAGAGUGUUAUCUGCAGCUUUGAUGCAUCCGGCUCUACCAUAACCUGUCUUAUGAAAGCUCUUCUCCACCACACCUCAAAGGCUCGCUGAACAUUUGGACAAUCAUCACCUUUACUCAAAAACCUAUCAAACCACUUCAUCAGAAUCACCUGCUGUUGCUUCAACGACAAGGUCAAAAUCGUCUGGCUGAGUCCAUCCUCCACAAGCUUCCUAUCAAGAGACCUAGACGAUACCCUUCUCAUCCACCCAAAAUCAUCAUACAAAGCCUCUAACCACGUGUUCAAAACCGCAAACCUAGUCUCCCUAUUCACCAAGAUCCUCCCUCUACCAAUCCCAACGCAUAUCUGCGCAGUGAUCUUGCUUAUCUCGUGCCUAUACAUUGUAGGUAUCUUUGAAUGAAGUUCCGCCAGCUCCUCCUGAUCCGCCCACAGCUUCACAAACUCAUCACACAUCUUCUUCUCAAUCAGUAUAUCCACCAUCCACAACAUGUUAUCAGCUUCUCUAGCGAUCUCUCCCAUGAGAGCUCCACGGUCUUGCCCUGGAUCUAACAUCUGCGUGGUCACUUCAGAUAAGCAAAGGACAAGGGAAGUGAGACAACGAUGACACAAACCGUAGAGAGUUUCUUUAGAGACUUCAACGUCUGCUUCUUCUCUAAUCAACUUAAAGAUCACAACCUUCAUCUCUCGUCUAGCUUUAUCAUCCUUAGCCUUUAGUACACCAGUGAGUAGCUUCAAGAAGAUCUCAUCAUCGGUUCCACCUUUCCUCGGUUCAGAUGAAACUCUCUGAAGAAUCAAAGAGACUGAAUCAACAUCAUAAGGAAGAUGAAGCUCUUCAAGACAUGACACAACGAUCUCCUCUUCAUCUUCCGACCAAGGAGCAGCUUCUAAAUGCUCCAAACAUGACGUCACUCCCUCAUCAAACGAGAUAGCGGAAGAAACCUUAAGCAAAGCCAAGAUCUUGACGACGUUUUCACCAAUCAGCUUCUUCUUGAGAUCAUCACAAUACAUCAAGACAACAGUCUCUACAUAGAUCUCCACGUCAUCACACUCACUAAUCUCCACCAUAUGAGAAACUCCUUUCUCUCUUCUUGAACUCAUCUUCACCAUAAAGAACCUGCUUUUAUCAGACAAAACCUUCUUGUGAACAUCCAUGGUGACUCUGUAACCGUCUUUUCCAACUACCGUCAGCUUAACGUCGCUGGGGCCGUAAACGACGUCGUUCUUGAACUCAGCCAUGAUCUGAGUCACACGCGCGUGAGAGUGUGACUUCCUACGCGGCGGUGGCUCGCGGUGGUGCUCCUCUGACAUCAUGUCGAAAAGGGUCGGGUUUGAGUGAGUUGACGACUCGUUUGCCGGCGGCGGCGGAGGAGGAGACGGUGGAGGAGGAGAGGAGACGGCGGCGGAGGAGAGUUUGGCCGUUCUUGACGGGGAGAAAGAAAGAGAAGGAUCUGCGAUGAACCCGUGUUUGAUCAUCGUUGAUACUUCUCUUGACGCCAUUGAAAAGAAGUAAAGUCUCAAACUUUCUCGAGGAAAAGAAAACUUACGAUUUUCCGGGAAAAAAAAGUAAGAAAAGAGAAUUUUUCGCGGGAAAAUUUAGCGAAGAGUUUGUUUUUUUUAGGAGUGAAAUAUCUAAAGACUGAGACAAGAAGAGAAACAAGAGAGGGAGAUAACAACAACAAUCUUCACUUCGAGUGAAGAAAGAGACAAAGAAAAUUCUGGAAAUUUGUUUUUUUUUUUGGUUUUCUUGGGAAAGAGAAAGAGUAAAGAAAGAUGGAGAGAGUUGGA